AUGUCCAACAGCCUCUCCUUUGGCAAUGUCAAUGGCCUGAGGCGCGGUUUCCAGCAGCACACCAACGCUCAGUCAAACAAACCGCCGCCGGCAACCCUCUCGCACGCCACGCCCUACCAGACCUUCCAUCCGGCACAGCAGACGCCAUCGCCAUAUCCCCAUCACCUCUUUCCCGGCACCGCGCCACCUCCACUUCAGGCUGUCCCCGGACUCCAAAAUGCCGGCCCUCGACCAUCGCCGCCGCAGGUCACGGCCACCGUGCCACGAACACGACAGAUGCAGCCGGCUCAGCCCGUCGCCAUACCCAGCAUCCUCUUCCUCAACACACACCGCACCCUCAGCACUCACAGCAUCCUCAGCAUCCUCAGCAUCCUCAGCAUCCUCAGCAUCCUCAGCAUCCUCAGCAUCCUCAGCAUCCCCAGCACGCUCAGCAUCCUCAGCACUCCCAGCAUCCUCAGCAUGCGCAGCACCCACAGCUUCCCCAGCAUGCUCAACACACGCAACACCCGCUCCCGCAGAUGCCUCAACAUUCCCAGCCUCCGCCAAGCCCAGCUACAGGUACAGAAGGCCGUCCAGAGCCACCAUCAAGUCCCUCAAGCAUCACCGACGCCACCACCUCCGAAGCUAGAGGGCCCGGCUCAGCCGCAGGAGGACCAGAUCGAAGACGAAAUGGAGGUGGAAAGCCAAUCCAACGAGACGGGAGACGGCCAGGACGACAAAAGCAGCGAUGCCAACAUGCCGUUCGUGCCCAGGCAGCCAAUGGGCGCUCUGAUGUCUGCACCCCCAGAGGGCGGCAGCUUUCCCACUCUGGAAGCUGUUCACAAGUUCGUGUUAUCAUACUGCACUUCGGUGGGCUAUGCGGUAGUGAUUGGUCGAUCCAAAAAGACCGUACCUGGAUUGAAGAAGGUUUUGUUUGUGUGUGAUCGAGCAGGAAAGCCCCCGAGGCGAGUAAGUCCGGAACAACGCAAGCGAAAGACGUCGUCGCGCAAGUGUGACUGCCAGUUUGGGUUUUUUGCCAUCGAGCAGCGGACACAGUGGACAGUACGCUACCGACCAGACUCACAGCACCUGCAGCAUAACCAUGGACCCAGCGAGAGCCCGGUGCUGCACCCUGCAGCGCGGAAGCUGGACAGCCGUAUGGUGGCAGCCGUGAAGGCGCUCAAGGACGACGGUGUCGGCGUGAGUCAAACGCUUGAGAUCUUGCAGACGGAAAACCCACAUGUCCCGCUGCUUCCACGUGACAUAUACAAUGCUCGUGCAGCCAUCACGCGGAACCCGCAAAAGGUUGCGUCUGGCAUUGCUGAGAACCGGCCGGCGAUCUACAGCAAGCCGCAGCCGACGGCCGAGGAGCGUAUCCGCGCCGACCUCCGUCGUGAGCUGGCUAGAGCCCGCGAGGAUCUCAGCAAGAUUUCCGAGGAAAAGCAAAAGGAGAUUGACGAGCUCAAGCAGAAGUUGCAAGAGAAGGACCGAGUGAUCCAGCGGUUCGAAAUGUUUAUUGACAUUUGCAACCAGAGGGUCAUCCUGCAACGCGAGAGACUAUCGGACUCCAACGAAGGAGGUAGCGAAACCGCCAACACAGCAUCCUAG